CCGAUAAAAAAAAUGAAAAAAUUCAAAGAUAUAAAGAAAUAAGGAUUCCUCUCUAAAGUACUUGAAUAUUGAAGACAAAAUUAUGACCGAGGGUCUUAAACCUUCUGGUCACAUGAACAGAUUUUUAUUUAGACUAUACGUUAUUGUUAGGGUUUGAAUAUAUUCAAUGAACAUUUAUUAAUGUUCAAUGUAAAGAUAAAUAAAUAAAUUAUUCCCAAUUCCAGUGUGUAAAAUAAUACAGCUACAUGUUUGUGAGAUAAAAUUUUCUUUAAAAUUUUAUUACAAUCAAAAUCAAGAAUACAUGGAAUUUAUUCAAAAAUUUAAUUUUAAGGUGUUUACAUGGAAAUAAAUGUUUAAAUUAGUUUUAAAAAAUCAUCCAAUGAUUUUAGUUUCAUCUUUGGGUUGCCAUAGUUAAUUUAUUUAUCGAUCAAACAUCAAUAAAAUCUCAUCAUUCGAACAAUGGCGAGUACGACAAGUACAGAUAAUAAAAAAUCAGGAAACAACAAUUUAUCGACAAUUUAUGGCAGAGUACCAACUAUUGGAACAGACAAAAUGAAGGUAACAUUUUGUACAGAUAUGGAUAAAUCUGUUAUAGUUUAUAAUUUUGAAAAACGUGGUUGGACUCAAGUGGGUCCUGAAGAUGACUGGAAUUUUUAUUGUGUUGAAACAGGAUACCGGAUGGGAGAUAAUCAGACUAUCAACCAUUUUCCUAAUCAUUACGAAUUAACACGUAAAGAUUUACUGGUAAAAAAUAUAAAGAGAUACCGAAAAGAUUUAGAAAGAGAAGGGAGCCCACUAGCUGAGAGAGGGGAUGGUCCAGGAAAAUAUUUACAUCUUGAUUUCAUACCUGUCACUUUUGUUUUACCGGCGGAUUAUAAUAUGUUUGUUGAGGAGUACAGGAAAUCUCCGCAAAGCACCUGGAUUAUGAAACCAUGUGGGAAGUCGCAGGGGGCAGGUAUAUUUUUAAUCAACAAAUUGAGUAAAUUGAAAAAGUGGUCUCGAGAAGCUAAGAAUCCAUUUAAUCCAAAUUUAUCAAAAGAAUCUUAUGUCAUAUCAAGAUACAUCGACAAUCCACUAUUGAUUGGUGGAAAAAAAUUUGACUUGCGUUUAUAUGUAUUGAUAACAUCAUUUCGACCUUUAAAAGCAUAUCUCUUUAAGCUAGGUUUUUGUAGAUUUUGCACAGUGAAGUACGACACAAGUAUCCAAGAACUAGACAAUAUGUACGUUCAUCUUACCAAUGUUUCAGUCCAAAAACAUGGAGAUGAGUAUAAUAGUCUUCAUGGAGGCAAACUCAGUGUUCAAAAUCUCCGACUUUAUUUAGAAAGUACUAGAGGCAAAGCUGUAACUGAAAAACUUUUUGCUAACAUCUCUUGGUGCAUUGUUCAUUCGCUUAAAGCUGUUGCACCAGUUAUGGCUAACGAUAGACAUUGUUUUGAAUGUUAUGGAUAUGAUAUAAUUAUUGAUAAUAAACUCAAGCCAUGGCUCAUAGAGGUGAAUGCUUCACCUUCUCUCACAUCAACGACUGUGAAUGAUAGAAUAUUAAAGUACAAACUCAUUGACAAUAUUGUCUCUAUUGUCGUUCCUCCGGAUGGAGUACCUGAUGUUAGAUGGAACAAGUGUCCAACGCUUGAAGCUAUGGGAAAUUUUGAACUUCUGUUAGAUGAAGAAUUGUCUGCUUUAGAAGAGAAAGAAAGCCCUUCAGGGAAGUACAGAAAUUCCUCGAGCAAAUGGAAGUAGUUAUAUUUUAAAAAUUUUAUCAAAAUUGAAUAAUGAAAAAUGAAGCAGGGUUGUGUAAAAAAUUAUUACAACAUGUUUAAAAUACAUCAACAAAAAUUUAUUUUUAAAAUGUUUUUGUACAAAUAUUUUACACUACACAAUGUGAAAUAUUGACACUUGUGUAUGGCAAAAAGUGAAACGCUAAUCAUAGUAAUUUUUUCAUUCAGUCUUGGACGCUAAACGACAUCAGCGAUUUGCUUGAAAAACUAUUCUUCAAGGCAUUUUAUAAAGUUAUAUUAUUGGCAGUGCCAGAUUGAAUUUUUUCUUUAUCUUUCUUACUAUUUGUACGUAUUGUUAGAAAUGUAAUACAUUUUUUGUGUUUUCAAUCCUAA